GCACCUUAGUUGCAUUCAACAGCAACAAGAGUUGGUCUACAAGUUGAAAGAAAUCAACUUAAUCUAUUUUUUUCAUAGGAAGACCUAAUACUCACAAUAAGGGAACCAUGGUUGUGUUGAAGAUCUCUGCUUUCCUUGUUGCUUAUGCCUUGGUUGUGUGUCAGAUGUACAGCUCACAUGCAGCUCCAGCCAGAACUGAGCUUGAGUCUAUGACAGAUCGUGUGACACUCAGUGAUUAUGAAGCCCGAAGGCUACUUAAUGCUUUAGUGAAAGAAUUUGUGCAAAUGACAACAGAAGAACUUGAGCAGCAAGUGACUGAUGGAAACAGCAUUACAGCUCAAAAACGGGCCUGUAAUACAGCCACUUGUGUCACUCACCGACUGGCAGAUUUCCUAAGCAGGUCAGGAGGGAUGGGUAACAGCAACUUUGUACCAACCAACGUGGGAGCCAAGGCAUUUGGCAGGCGAAGGAGAGACAUCCAGCUGUAGAAUAGAAAUGACCUUCAGGAACAGGAUCAACACAACUUGACAAGGCAACAUAUUUUACAUAAACUAAACUCAUGUCUCCAGUCUCCUCCUUUAUAGAAGAAUGGCAUAGAGAAUAGAGGACUGACUUCAUGUCCUCUUGAUGUUAUAAAUAUUUGUUUUGCUUUUGGCAAAGAAAAAAAAUAGAGCACUUCUGUCAUGUAUAUUACAAGAAAAUCCUGAAUUUAAAUCUAUUCAUUUUUAUAUGCAAAUAAGAACAUGAUAGCAUUGAUGAUUUAUUUAUCCUUUGGCAUACAGUAUAUAUGUGCAAUGUGAUCCACGCUGCUCGAACUUGUCAUGCCAGCACUCUGCAGUAUCUCGGGGAUUACAUUAAUAUUCUGCCUAGCAAAGCUGAUCUGUAAAUUGCUGUGUGUUGUGCCUUGAUGUAAACCACUUUACAUAACAUGAUUGUACAGUAUGUUAAGAAAAAAAACAAACAAAAAAAAAACACCGUCAAUAUUGUAACAAUUGUGAAUUUCAGCAAGAUUAAAAAUGUAUUUUAGAUACA